GUUUACAAGUUUCCGGUAUAAACUAUUUCAAAGAUCUACUAUGAUAACUAUCUUCUGAAACUUAUUGAACCAAAGAUAAGCUGAAUAAUUCUUGUGCUUAGAAUACAGAAAAGAAAAAUAUGAAAAAAGAAAGGAAGAGAAAAGUUCAAACAAAGACUGUUAAAGAUACAGCCAAGACAAAGCUUGACAAGGAAGAAUAUGACCCUUCAGUAUCUUCCAGUCAGCUUCCUAAUGAUGCUAAUAGGAAGAUAGUACCAGCCUUUGGGAAAAAACAGAAGCUGUCUUCAACUGUUGGAAGAGAGCAAAAUGGUCAGGAUGAAACAACACAAAGUCAAGGUAUUGCAUCUGUUUAUACAACAUGUACUGUGACAGAUGCUGAUCAGAAAUUGAAGGAAGAUAAGAAGGAAAUGGUUGUAUUUGAAGAUAGAAUACCUGUUGACACAUCAAAUACCAUUGCUAAUGAAUUAGAUCAGAAACCUGAAAUGAAUAGUAAAAAUUGUGAACAUUUACUAAGUUCUGACUGUGCAGAUCAGUUAGUUCUACCUUCCAAUAAUAGUGAUGCUAUGAUGGAAACUGACAUUGAAAUUUCCUAUUCACCAAACAUAAAUAGAAGUCCAGUGUCAGAUACACCAGAAGUUCAUCCUGAUGAAAUGUCUUUUAUACCUGACAAAAUUCCUGAUGAAAUGUCACUUUUACCUGAAAAAAAUCCUGAUGAAAUGUUACUUUUACCUGAAAAAAAUCCUGAUGAAAUGCCACUUUUACCUGACAAAAUUCCUAAAGAAAUGUCAUUUAUUCCUGACAAAGUUCCUGGUGAAAUGUCACUCAUACCUGACAAAAUUCCUGGUGAAAUGUCACUCAUACCUGACAAAACUCCUGAUAAAAUGUCACUUAUACCUGACAAAAUUCCUGGUGAAAUGUCACUCAUACCUGACAAAGUUCCUGGUGAAAUGUCACUCAUACCUGACAAAAUUACAGACCUUGAUGACAGAUCUUUUAAACCUAUAUCUUCAUUGACAAGAUCAACAUCUAUGAAUAAAUUGGAAGUUCAUCCCUCUGAAAUUGUUUCAACAGAUCAUGCAAAUAUCUUGUCUAAAGAUGAACACAGCAAAAUGGUUCAAAAUGAACUUGAGAAUAAAGCUGAGAAUAGUGGAAAUAUUGCUGUAUCUGAAGUUGAAAAUGAAAUUGGAGAUUUGUCAAAUGUAACUAUGAAGGAAAACAGUACAGAAGAAAAAGAAAAUGGGUCAGAAUUUGUUGACUCUCAAAGUAAAACUUGUUCACAGAGUUCAGAAAAUGAAGUUGAGCAUUUUGAGGGGACACAGGUUUUCAUACCUGAAGAAAUAGAAGCCAUAGAAGAUGAACUGACACAAGCAUUUCCACAGCUUGAAGAUAAACAAAAAUAUGAAACUGUCAACAUUACAGGAACUUAUAUACCAGAAGCUCAGCAAACUUCAAAGAAUAUCCAGAGCAUAUUGGAAAUACAACAUAAUUUAUCAUUAGAGGACAGAACAUCAGCAAACAAUGGGAAGAUAGCAGAAAGCUGUUGCUCUCAGAAACCUAUGGAAAACCCUAGCAUCACAGAUGAUACUGAAAUCACUGUGUCUGACAAAGAAGAUGUCCUUCAAAGUUCAAAGUGUGAACUACAAAAAGUUCCAAUUACAUCACAAACCUUAGAUAUGUGUAGAGAGUCAGAAGAAAUGACAGAUUCACAGUUGUGUACUAUAGACUGGGUUGAAGAGUUCACAUUACCAGACAAGAUAGAAAGGAAACCUUUCCUUCAUGAUGGUACAACUGUUGUCCAAGGUCUUAUCAGAGAACUAUCUCAGCUCAACACAAUGAUACUUAGGACCAAAAGAGAGAUGGAAUCAACAAGAAGACAGUUACAUCAAGGGCAAGCAUCAGUCCAUACAACUACUUGGAAUAGAAAUCAGCCUCUUAGGACAUUUAAUAAACAUUGAUUUGCAUCAGGAGGGCAAGCAUCAGUCCAUACAACUACUUGGAAUAGAAAUCAGCCUCUUAGGACAUUUAAUAAACAUUAAUUUGCAUCAGGAGGGCAAGCAUCAGUCCAUACAACUACUUGGAAUAGAAAUCAGCCUCUUAGGACAUUUAAUAAACAUUGAUCUGCAUCAGGAGGGCAAGCAUCAGUCCAUACAACUACUUGGAAUAGAAAUCAGCCUCUUAGGACAUUUAAUAAACAUUGAUCUGCAUCAGGAGGGCACAAAUAGAAAUUGUACAAUUGCUACUGUACUUCAGUUAUUUAAACAAACAAAAAAGAAAACUUUUAUCAUGUUUAAAAUGUACAUAUCAUUCAUACAUUCAAUUUGAAACAAACAAGUUGAGACCAUUAAUACUGAUGUGAGAUAUGAUUUGUUUAUAGAUUAUUCUGUUUAUUUGGGAUUUUAAAAAGUCUAAUAGGUAUUCAAAUUUAAUAAAUUUUUAACAAAAGAUAAUGAAUGGUAAAAAUCUAACCAAACAAUAAAAUCGUGUCUUGUCAGUGUGACUUACAAGUGUUUCUGAAAUGUUAUUUCAAAUCACAAAUGAUGUAAUUUCUAAUUUGGUUCAUUUUACAAAAUUAUAUGUUGUUUGAAGACCGAAUGUAUCAUGCUUUACCAAUGUCUGCCAGUCUGUCAACUUUUAAUGGUAUGAUAACUCAAUUUUUCUUUACAAAUUCUCAUAUACAACAUAUAAGAUUCAUGGAAGAAAACUAGAUCCUUUUAUAUUUUUCAUUUUCGACUAAUUUGUUCAUGAGUUGCAGGACUUUAUCCUGGGAUUUUUCACAGCUCGGAAAUUUACUCUCAAUAUCCUGUGACAAGUUUACAUUGAUUGUUGUGUGAAUUAAUAAUUUACUGUUAUGUUAUGGUUUACUUUUAUGU